AUGGGGAGAAGAGUCAGGGCCUGUGUGCCGUGCCACGAGCGCAAGGUCCGAUGCGACGCCGUGAAGGUGGGAACUCCAUGUACGCGGUGCAUUGACAACGGCCGCACCCAGGGGUGUGUCAUGCUUAAUGGUCACUCGAAACGGCGAAAUCCCCAGGUGACUGCUGAUACUGCCCCAUUGCAGGGGGAUGGCUCGAGUCAAUGCUCAACUGAUCGGCCGGCUGCGUCAUUAUUGUUGUUUACCGACCGGCCCCAGGCGCAGUCGGACCGCCAUAGUCCUUCUAUCCUGUCCCCUAUACAAGGUGGUCGUUCCCUCUCUGACGAUUCUACGCUACACGUCCCGGGCCCUCGUGAGCCACCUCGCCAUAACGACUCACACAGCAAGGACCACCCCCAGCUGCUGCAGGACGGGCAACACGCCUUUGGGCGACAAGAGUUCCAAUUCAUUUACGAGCAACCCCCUCUUACAGAUCCGGAUUCCGGACACGAACCCGACGAUGUGUCGGCCCUGCACGACGGAACAAACUCCAUGACAAUCCUCACAGAGGCCCUGGGCUCUGCUACUUCCUGCCAAAUUGCUUAUAAUUUGCCUGUUCACGGACAUAUGAGUGUGGCAGAUGAAGAGUUUCUCCAUCGAAAGGGCGCCUUCACGCUGCCGCAGCAACACAUUUGCGAUCAACUGUUAUGCCUAUUCUUCGAUAAGGUUUACAUGUCAGUGCCAGUUAUCGAUCGCGUCAUGUUCGUGCAGGACUACUGGCAGCAGACCCAGUCGAUGUUUGUUCUGCAGGCAAUUCUUGCGAGCGCCGUGCCACAUGCAACGAUUGAUUUGCUCAAUAAGGCUGGAUUUUCAGACCACACAGCUGCACAGGAGGCGUUUUUCACAAGAGCAAAGCUCCUGCACGACCUGGAUGCGGAACAGAGCCUACUGCCCCGUCUGCAGGGCUCCCUGAUUCUCGCCGUCACCCAUGUUUCACACUAUAUGCAACGCGAUCAUAGGUAUUGGUUUUCAAAUGCAACAUCUAUUGCGGCCAGGAUGGGACUGCACAGAAAUACCAGCCGCCAAAAUACCGGUAUAUCUCCCAAGCUACUACGACGUUUAUGGGCGGUAAUCUAUACGUGGGACGUUCUACUUGCUUUGAAUGGGAUGAAUACAAUGCGCCAGUUUCAUACUAUCGACUCCACCCCUCUACAACUGACGGAACUGGACUGGGAGGAAGACCCUGAUCCCAAAUUUAAUAGCCUACUGCAGCCUGUCAGCAGUGAGGAGAAAUUGUAUUUGAUAAUGAGCUGCAAAUUAUCGCUGAUAAUCAGCGAGUUCUGGGAUAUGAUGCUCUAUAACCCAGCGGACGUGUCAUGCGAAAAGCUCGAAGCUGUCUUCUCCUCAUGGCGCCAAGCAUUCCCACCGGGGGUACAGGUAAUCAGUAUCAACGAAUCGAGCACCGUUAACUCGUGGCAUCUUACAUUGGUUGCUCGAGGGUACGUCUGCCAAUGUGUCUUGUAUCGGAUGGUGGCUCGGCGAUUUGGAUCUGGAGCAAAGUCUGCAAAUGCAGGGCUCCAUCGUCUGGCGAGCCAGAAAUUGCGUGCAACACUAUUUGAGCUCGACGCCACGAUUGAUCGAAUCAUGAAUCAGAACUCGGGCCAGUUCAACACGUGGCUGUUCCACACGUGUAUCUCCACAGCAAUUGCACUGCACAUCGAGCGAUAUAUAGAUCCUGCAACUAGCCCAUUCGAAGGGGUGCUAGCUAUUUUACGCAUCCAGACAGAGCUGGAGUUUCUUCGCGAAAUGGCUAAGUCGUGGUCAUAUAUCGGCUCCUUUGUGACUAUGUUUGAGGGCGUCAUCAACACUAUUGGGCUUCCGAUACCUCUGCCAGACCAACGACUAGCAACCAAUGAUCCCUUACCGUCGCCCACGUCGUUGGAACGUUUGCAACUCCCAGGAAGGGGAGUUAUGAUGGAUUCCAAUUCUUGGCUCCCAAAUACUGAGGCCUGCCCUCCCUUCGGCCUCCCCUCGGGCCCAUUUAAUGCAAAUUCAAUUCUGGACGAGCUAUUCGACACAAUUCCGCCGUCGCUGGAUAUUUAG